CCGGCGGCUCCUCCGGCCCGGCAGCCCCGGCCCCGCGCAGGCGCGUCCCGGGCACGUCCCGCCCCUUCCUGCGCGGCGGCCGGGCCGGGGCGAUGCUGCUGGUGCUGUCGGAGGAGCAGAAGGCGCACCUGGGCUGCCUGCCGCGGCUGGGCGCCGCAGCCGUCGGCGAGCUGGGGCGGCUGGCGGUGGAGCUGCUGCGGCGGGGCGCGGCGCCAAGGGCCUGCGAGGCGGCCGCCAGAAAACUUGACGUUGGUGUUGACACCAUUCAGCACUGCGUAGAGGGACUAACGUAUCUUCUGACUGAAAGCUCCAAGCUUAUGAUUUCUGAGCUAGACUUCCAAGAUUCCAUUAAUGUGCUGGGCUUCCCAGAUGAGCUGAACACCGUGCUGCUCCAGCUGUACCUCGACAGCAGGAAGGAGCUCAGGAGCGUUCUCAGCGAGCUGGCGCCAAAGCUGCCCAGCUACCACAGCCUGGAGUGGAGGCUGGACGUGCAGCUCGCCAGCAGAAGUCUGAGACAACAGAUCAAGCCCACUGUGACCAUAAAGCUCCAUCUUAAUCAGAACGAAGAUCGGACAGCCCAGGUGUUGCAAACCGACCCGUCUACCCUCCUGCACCUCAUUCAGCAAUUGGAACAAGCGCUGGGGGAAAUGAAAACAAACCAUUGCAGGAGAAUAGUGCGCAACAUGAAAUAGUGUUGAAUCGUGGCUGUUGUUGUACUGAGCGCUUUGUGAAACAAGUAAACCCUAUGUUCACAAAUACAGGUUGAGGAAAAAUAAACAUCUGGAUCAGAUGAAACGCUAUCCUGAGCCGGUGAUUACAGGCUGCGCGUCCUCUGGUGCUGACCUCGCACGCCCGCCUGACGCGAGACAGGCGGCUGGUUUUGCUUCACCUGCACGUGGAGCAGCUCAGCGUGCUGUGACGAGAAUUUCCUUAGGGCUGAGUUAGUAUAGUUCUACUUGAAGAGCUUUCCUAUGUUAAGUAGAGCUGUCUCAGUGUUAUCGGAAGCUGCACGUUUAUUUUUACAUUCAUUGGGUAGUUUUUCCCCUUGGUUUUGCUUCUGUUUUGAAAUAAUAAUAAUAAACAGUACUGGCGGGAAUUAUACCUUA